CAUGAUGCCCAGCAUGCCGGCCUUCAACGACAGCGCCACCGCGCAGGGCUUCUACGCGAGCCUCACCGGGCUGCUGCAGGACGGCACGCCGACGGUGCCGCUCCACGUGGACACGCGGAUGCUGGUGACCUUCGGCCUGGGCGUCACGCCGUGCGCGCCGGCGCAGACGCUGUGCAACCGCACGCGGGGCUCCGUGGCGGCCAGCAUGAACAACGUGUCCUUCCAGUUCCCGACGGCCAUGUCGCUGCUGGAGGCGCGCAUGCGGCGGCGAGCCGGCGUGUAUACGCGCGACUUCCCCGACCGGCCGCCGGUGAUGUUCGACUUCACCAGCUCGGCGGCGAGCGCCGACAGGGCGCUGAUGGCCACGGCCAAGGGAACCAAGGUGAAGGCGCUGCGGUACAAGGAGACGGUGGAGGUGGUGCUGCAGAACACCGCCAUCCUGGGCGCCGAGAACCACCCGCUGCACCUCCACGGCUUCAACUUCUACGUGCUGGAGCAGGGCGUCGGCAACUUCAACGCGUACCGCCAUGUACGCACCUACAACCUCAUCAACCCACACCAGCGAAACACCGUCGCCGUCCCUGCCGGCGGAUGGGCAGCCAUCCGCUUCACCGCCGACAACCCCGGCAUGUGGAUCAUGCACUGCCACCUGGACACGCAUCUGCCCUUCGGCUUGGCCAUGGCCUUCGAGGUGGACGACGGCCCCACGCCCGACGCAGUUCUCCCGCCGCCGCCACCAGACUAUCCCCAGUGCUAAUGCUAAUCUAAUCAGGAGGAACAAGCUAAGGAAACCAAGACGGCACAAGCUAAGGAACGACCUGAUUCAGUCUUCAUCCCCUCCUUAAAAAGAAUUUCCCACUCUUCUUUUUUUUUUUGCUCAUUUUGUUUACAGAUUCUCCAAGGCAUUUCAGUUUGGGCGCAAUAAUGUUUUCUAAGGGAAUGAACAUAAACGACUUCUGAAAUAGCAAGA